UCACACAAUCUAAACAAUCAUCCAAAGCUAAGCAAAGCACCUCCUAAAGUAGAAACCGCAAAACUUUCUAAGUAUAGUAUCCAUCACUUGCAUUCCAACAGUUCAUUCCAAUUCUCCACCCUCGUCAACUUGUAAACUAAAUCAAAAACAAAGACUCUGCUGCUUUGUGUUUCUCUUUCAAUGGGAGCUUGUUUCACAAAAGCCUUUUGGUGCUCUGAGUCUCAUGAAAUCCCCAUUUCAUCCUCUUUUGAUUACUCUCCCCCUCACCAACACUAUCCCAUUCCGGUGUCAUUUGAGCCAUUCACUUAUCCAGCUCAAACAUCACCGAGAAUCGGGCCUAUUUUACGCAAGCCUUGCGUGGAUAUAUCAACACUGUAUGUUCUUGAUAAAGAACUGGGGCGUGGUCAGUUUGGAAUAACUUAUCUUUGUACAGAAAAGGCCACCAGUUUGAAGUUUGCAUGUAAAGCGAUUUCUUUAAGGAAGCUUGUGAGUCAGAAAGAUAAGGAUGAUGUGAGGAGGGAGAUUUUGAUUUUACAGCAUAUGACUGGACAGCCUAAUAUAGUUGAGUUCAGAGGGGCUUAUGAGGAUGAUAAGAAUUUGUAUUUGGUGAUGGAGUUGUGUUCUGGAGGUGAAUUGUUUGACAGGAUUAUUGCCAGAGGGAGUUAUAGUGAGAAAGAGGCUGCGACGAUUGCUAGGCAAAUUGUGAAUGUCAUUCAUGCUUGCCAUUUUAUGGGGGUUAUUCAUAGGGACUUGAAGCCUGAGAAUUUCUUGCUGGUUAGUCGCGCUGAGGAUUCUCCGUUAAAGGCUACAGAUUUCGGGCUCUCUGUCUUCAUUGAGGAAGGAAAAUUCUACAGAGAUGUAGUCGGAAGUGCUUACUAUGUAGCCCCGGAGGUUCUAAGAAGGAAAUAUGGGAAGGAGAUAGACGUGUGGAGUGCUGGAGUCAUUUUAUACAUUCUUUUAAGUGGAGUACCUCCUUUCUGGGCAGAAACUGAGAAAGGCAUAUUCAGCGCAAUUUUGCAAGGCCAUGUUGAUUUUGAGAGCUCUCCUUGGCCAUCUAUAUCUUCCGGGGCCAAGGAUCUUAUUAAGAAAAUGUUGACGAUGGAUCCAAAAUUGAGGAUAUCAGCUGCACAGGCGCUAGAACAUCCAUGGCUCAAGGAAGACGGUGAAGCAUCAAGCAAACCUAUUGAUAGUGCUGUAUUAAUCAGAUUAAAGCAGUUCAGAGCGAUGAACAAGCUGAAAAAGCUCGCUCUCAUGGUUAUUGCGGAGAACCUUUCAGAAGAAGAAAUCAAGGGCUUAAAACAGAUGUUCAAUAAUAUGGACACAGAUGGAAGUGGUACAAUCACUUAUGAGGAACUUAAAACCGGACUAUCUAAGCUGGGGUCAAAGCUGAGCGAGGCAGAAAUACAACAGCUGAUGGAAGCUGCUGAUGUUGAUAACAAUGGGACUAUCGACUAUAUUGAAUUUGUUACUGCUACAAUGCAUCGGCAUAGGCUUGACAAGGAUGAAAAUUUGCACAAGGCAUUUCAGUAUUUUGAUAAGGAUAACAGUGGGUUUAUUACAAGAGAUGAGUUGAGACAUGCUAUGACUGAAUAUGGCAUGGGGGAUGAUGCUACGAUAGACGAAGUCCUCAACGACGUUGAUACUGAUAAGGAUGGGAGAAUCAACUAUGAGGAGUUUGAGACGAUGAUGAGGAAGGGCACACUUGAUCAUAAUGUACAAAAAAAAGAAUUGUAGUUAAUUUUCCCAAGUCUUCCCAGGAUUUUAAUCAACGUUUGAUGUGUUUUAUCUUGUCAAUCCUGUACAGAGUAAUAGUAAUAUGUUUAUUUGCACUGUACAGCUCCUGUAAUAACACUUCUUGCGCCUCUUUACUGAAGAGCCCACGUCUACUGGGUCACAGAAUUCUGAAAACAUAUUUCAUUU